CAACCCCCGCUCCAUCUCCAUAUACACCAUCUUGAGCGUCACACACACACGGACACACGGGCGCACACAAAGCUCGCACGAGGGAGAGAGGGAGAGAGAGGAAUCGGAGCAUACGGCCAUGGCUCUCCGCACCCUGGCAUCGAAGAAGACCCUGUCCCUCGCCCUCGGCGGCGCCCGGCCUCUGGCGGCGGCGGGGUCCGCGAGGGGGGUGACGACGGUCACCCUCCCCGACCUCUCCUACGACUUCGGUGCGCUGGAGCCGGCCAUCUCCGGGGAGAUCAUGCGCCUGCACCACCAGAAGCACCACGCCACCUACGUCGCCAACUACAACAAGGCGCUCGAGCAGCUCGACGCCGCCGUCGUCAAGGGCGACGCAUCCGCCGUCGUCCAGCUCCAGGGCGCCAUCAAGUUCAACGGCGGCGGUCAUGUGAACCAUUCAAUCUUCUGGAAGAACCUCAAGCCUAUUAGCGAAGGUGGUGGUGAGCCACCGCAUGGGAAACUUGGCUGGGCCAUUGAUGAGGAUUUUGGUUCAUUUGAGGCACUUGUAAAGAAGAUGAAUGCAGAAGGUGCUGCUUUACAAGGAUCUGGAUGGGUGUGGCUAGCUUUGGAUAAAGAGGCAAAAAAGCUUUCAGUUGAAACUACUGCUAAUCAGGACCCUCUGGUGACCAAAGGGGCAAGCUUGGUUCCUUUGUUGGGGAUUGAUGUUUGGGAGCAUGCGUACUACCUCCAGUACAAGAAUGUUAGGCCGGAUUACCUGAGCAACAUCUGGAAGGUGAUGAACUGGAAAUACGCUGGAGAGGUGUACGACAACACGCUUGCUUGAUUUGUCUUGACUGGCUUUACCCAUCUGCGCUGGCUAUCAGCUGCUCGAGUCAUGUGAAAUAAAAAUAAAAAUGGACCUGUCUAGCUGCUGGACCUUGUGUACAUUUCGGUGAGAUAGACUGAUGCAAUAGCUGUUGAUUUUGUUUGUCCUGCUUGCCUGCUCCGCUCCAUUGCCGGCACCACAGCAUACUGCCCAAGAUAGCCCUUCUUCCUCACCCUUGUGUCUAGUAAUAAUGCCAAAUAAUUAUUCUGAGCUGAGAAUGUUGCUUUGAGUUAUUGCCAUGCCUUUCCAUUGUUUGGGCUUUGCACUUUGUUGGAGCCAAAACUUA